AGGCGUCUCCUUCCGCGGCGCCUCGCCUCACGCCGGGCGUCCUUCACUCGCUGGAGGCCGAGCUCCACAGCGGCUGAGGUGGGGGAAACCGCGCGCUCGCCUGCCUCUCUCCGGCAGCCGAGCUGAGAAGAGCCGAGGCGAGCCGGCGCCAAGCGGAGCGCUUUCCUCGCCGCCGCCUCCCGAGAUGCCGCCGCCGCCGCUGCUGUUCCUGUUGCUGCCGCUGUUGCACCUUUGCGGCUGGCGGGUGCGGGACGCGGCGGGCUCGUGGCCAGCAGAGAAGGGACGAAAGGAGGACGAGGCGGCGCUGAGCUUCCAGCUGAGCCGCGAGCCGCUGCGGAAAGUCAGCCCGUUUUUCCUCUCCGUCACCCUCGACUCCAACCUCAUCACCGACCCCAAGUACAUCACCUUCCUCGGUUCUACAAAACUCCGUACAUUGACAAGAGGCUUGUCUCCUGCCUUUUUGAGAUUUGGGGGCACCAAAGGAGACUUCCUGAUCUUCGAUCCUCAACAAAAGCCAACACCUGAAGAGAAGAUUUUUCAGGAUUUCCUUAGAAAACAAGCAACGGUGGACUUCUGUGCAUUCAGAUCUGCCCCUUUGGACUUCAUAGCACAAUUGCAGUCUCAGUGGCUUUUUGAGCAGAAGCUCAUCUUCCGGGAACAAGUAAAGAACAAGUAUAAAAACAUUACAUUUACAGAAAGCACCUUGGAUAUUUUAUACAAUUUUGCAAAUUGCAGUAAUUUGCACCUGAUCUUUGGCCUCAAUGCCUUAUUACGGACAGGCAGUUCCCAGUGGAAUAGUUCAAAUGCUCAGCAGAUUUUGAAUUAUACCAAUUCCCAGAAUUACAUCUUGUCUUGGGAACUUGGAAAUGAACCUAACAGCUUUUUGCACAAGUCAGGAAUAGAAGUCAACGGCCACCAACUCGGUCAAGAUUUCAUACAACUCCGGCAGCUUUUGAACAAUUAUAUCCACUACAAAAAUGCCAAAAUUUACGGUCCCGACUUAGGAAGAUCAAGUCGGAAGCACAGUAAAAUUUUGCUUAAAAGUUUUCUGAAGUCAGGAGGCAAAGUGCUUGAUUCUGUCACAUGGCAUCAUUACUAUAUUAAUGGACGAAUUGCCACGAGACAGGAUUUCCUGAAUCCAGAUAUACUGGAUAGCUUCAAGACCAAUGCAGAGGAAGUGCUUGAGAUUGUGAAUAGCGCAGUACCAGACAAGAGUGUGUGGCUGGGAGAAACAAGUUCCGCUUUUGGAGGUGGAACGCCUAAUUUGUCUAAUGCGUAUAUUGCUGGUUUUAUGUGGCUGGACAAGCUUGGACUGUCAGCCCAACUGGGCGUUGAUUUAGUGAUGAGACAGGUUUUGUAUGGAGCAGGAAACUACCAACUGGUGGAUGCCAACUUUGAACCUUUGCCAGACUAUUGGCUAUCCCUGUUGUACAAGAAACUGGUAGGCCCCACAGUUCUGCAUGUUGCCAUAACAGGAUUAGAUCCAAAGAAACUUCGUGUGUAUCUUCACUGCACAAAUACGCAACACCCGAAGUACAGAGAAGGUGACAUCACUUUAUUUGCCUUAAAUCUCUACAACAGCCCCAAGCGCCUUUACGUACCAAGUUACUUUUCUAAGAAGCAAAUAGAUGAGUAUCUUUUGCUACCUUACAGAGAAGACGAUUUACUUUCCCGGUCUGUUCAGUUGAACGGCUUUCUCCUCAAAAUGCCCAAUGAUGAAACGCUACCAAUUUUGCAAGAAAAUCCUCUUAUUCCUGGGCACAGCCUUGACCUCCCAGCUUUCUCAUAUGGAUUUUAUGUAAUAAGAAAUGCCAAAGUAUUGGCUUGCAUUUAGUAAGUUAAUACACAUUUUGUAAACCUGGAAGACAAAGGUUUUAUUGAGAUUGACUACUUCAGCCCAGAGAAAGAUGAAAUGUUUUAAUAACAUUUGUAUUUCCCCCCCAAACACAUGUUCAUUUUUCCCCUCUGUACAAGUUAGUAAAACUUUUUAAUUUAAAAAAAAAAUCCAUUCAAAAAUUCAUAAACGUUUUGUAAAAAUGAAAAGUCUAUAUUUUCUUGUGGGCAAUUUCCCCUGCUUUUUUCUUUUUUUUUUAAAGUCAAGGGACUGCAUCACCACAUUUGGAAAACUCCUGCAAGUCUUCUAAUUUGCAAAUGAUAAAUUAGCUUGGUUUGUAUUUGCCCUCAUCUUUAUUCCAGGUAAAAUAAAGUUUGUCACAGUCUCUCUCCAGGUAUUUUAGUGGCAGAAAACUAGAAGGAAUAAAGGGCAUAUCGCUUGCUUCAUGCUCUACUGCCAUUUCAAGCCUUUCUUUGAAUUCUAAAAAGGGGUACAAAGCACUUUAUUUCCUCGGAUGCUACCUGAGGAACGAAGACUCUGGUAUCAAACAAGGAAAAUGGAUGGCAAAGGUGUAGAUUAUAGAACUGCUGGGAAUGAAUAAUAGAACAGGCCAGUCAAUGUUUAAGAAAAUCCACUGAAGACUACCAGAAAGCAUAUAUAUCUGUGAUCAAGCUGUUUUCGAAUGUGACAAUCAGAUUCUAAUCUCAGGUCCUUGGAUUAAAGGCAAGGAAACCAAGAAGAGUAAUUUCUCAGGGUGAAUUCUUUCAGCCAUGGGUGCUUUUCAUUUAUUUUGAAUACAAAGACCUUGAAGUAUGGUACAUUUCAUUUGUUACCAUGCUAGCUGUGCAAACCAGAUAUUGCCUUGUUGAUCAGAACAUGGGGUCUUGUACUCCAACGGUUCUGGAUUCAGUCUCUGGCUUCUCUGUGUAAUGCUGAGAAAAUGCAUGUUUUUUACAACUCUAGACACUUCUGGCUUAUUGGGGGACACCGUGCUGAGGACGAUAGACUAGAGGGCUGAUCUGGCCCUCUCAAGUGUUUCUAGACGUUUGUAUAAAAAUAUAUUUAUUUUCAUUUGAUGUGUGCUAUUAUUUGAUCUGGAUUAUUUGUACAUUUUGCAAUAAAUUUUUAUAUUGAUACAUGUG